GAAAAGGACGAGUGAGUACGCCCAUCCGGGGACGACUGCGGGGUUUUAAGGCUCCUUGCUCGAUGUCCUCUAUGAUGCACCCACACAGGGUCAGGUGCGAUAUUCCGUAUAAGUGUCGACUCCCCAGACGAAGCUGGGACUGAGGGUGAAUUAUCUCUCAACAGCGAACAUGACUGCACGCUCUGUCAUCCCAGGCACUCUCCACCUUGUGGACUUGCAGCGUACCUUGGCUGUCAAGCAUGCAGAAGGAGACCUUGCUGAUGUAGUCUUGGUGCCUGCCCCGUCCAAUGACCCAGAUGACCCAUUGAAUUGGUCACCGCGACGCAAGCUGUUGUCGACGAUCUCGCUAUGUGUAUAUCUUUUGAUGAUUGGACUGGCGGUAUCCUGUGUUUACUCGAUAAUCGUGCCGAUCUCAGAAGAUACAGGUCUUACAGUCGCUGAUCUCAACUCUGGAACGGGCUACCAGUUUCUACUGAUGGGAUGGGGCUGCUUGCUAUGGCAGCCCACCGCGCAAACAUUUGGCAAACGACCCGUCUUCCGUUUGCUAGUGAGCUAGGAUCAAUUUCCGCAGCCUUCCAAUCCCGUCUUGUGCCAUACAUGCCGCAGCUUCCAGUCGCCUUCCGUUCACGCCAGAAAUAUUUCCUUUUCUGGCUCGCCAAUGUCAUGUACGGCAUCUCCGCAUGUCUCCAGUGGUGUAAGCAG